AUGGUUUUUUCUACAUAUUUAUCUCGUUCUUUGUUAUCUUCUUUUAAAGCGGGAGUUAAUGUAUCACGUUUUGCUAAACCACAAUUGAUAAAUUUUGAGGCAACUAGAUGUUUAGCUGUUCCAGGUGGUAAAACUACAUUUAAAAGAGAUAAACCUCAUUUAAAUGUUGGAACUAUUGGUCAUGUUGAUCAUGGAAAAACUACAUUAACUGCUGCUAUUACAAAAAUAUUAGCAACACAAAAAGGAGCUAAAUAUAAGAAAUAUGAAGAAAUUGACUGUGCACCAGAAGAGAAAGCUCGCGGAAUUACAAUUAAUUCAUGUCAUUUAGAAUAUGAAACAGAGAAACGCCAUUAUGCUCACAUUGAUUGUCCAGGUCAUGCAGAUUACAUCAAAAAUAUGAUUACAGGAGCAGCUCAAAUGGAAGGAGCAAUUCUUGUUGUUGCUGCUACUGAUGGACCAAUGCCUCAAACACGUGAACAUUUACUUCUUGCAUCUCAAAUAGGUAUUCCUAAGGAGAAUGUUGUUGUUUUCUUAAAUAAAAUUGAUCAAGUUGAUGAUGAGGAAACUAAAGAACUUGUAGAAAUGGAAAUUAGAGAAUUACUUAAUGAAUUUGGAUAUAAUGGUGAUAAAAUACAAAUUAUACCUGGAUCUGCUCUUUCUGCAUUAGAAGGUAGAAAUCCAGAAAUUGGCGUAGAAUCAAUAAAGAAAUUAUUAGAAGUUUUGGAUACAUCUUUUGUUAUUCCAUCAAGAGAAGCUAAUUCUGAACCUAUGUUUGCAGUUGAACACAUUUAUACUAUACAAGGAAGAGGUACCGUUGCUACAGGUAAACUUGAAAGAGGUACUUUAAAAAGAAAUGACAAAGUUGCGAUUGUUGGUAAUGAUCGUGAUGAUGUUAAAUCAGUUAUAUCCGGUUUGGAAUCAUUUAAAAAAACUGUUGAUGUAGCUGAACCAGGUGAUCAACUUGGAAUUCUUUUGAGAGGUCUUGGACCAAAAGAUAUUAGAAGAGGAUGUGUUGUUUUACCACAGGGACAUCAACAUUUGAUUACAGACAAAGUUAAAGCUCAAUUAUAUGUUCUUAAGCCUGAGGAAGGUGGUUCUAAAUUACCAAUUGCUAAUUACUUUUCUGAACAUGUAUUUUCUCUUACUUGGGAUGCUUUAGGUUUUAUAGAAAUUAUUGGAAAAGAUUUUAUCAUGCCAGGAGAACAUUGUGAAGUAAAACUUAAAUUAAAUCAAAAAAUGUUUAUAGAACCACAACAAAGAUUUACAAUUCGUAUGAAUAAUACAACGAUUGGUACUGGAGUAUUUGUAGAAUUACUACAACCACAAACUGAAGAAGAAAAAUCUGCAAAAUAUAGAAAGAAAUUAAUGAAAUUAGAAAUGGAAAAACUUGGAUUUAAUCCAUAUGGAGAAGUAAUGGAACGUAGGCUUAAACCAGAUUACACAAAUUCACCAAGAGACAAUCCUUUGGCUAAAGCUUUUGAAAAUCCUCAAUAA